AUGGAAGAGUUGAGUACUUUGGCCACUGGUUUCGAAGUAGACGGCGGACAACUCCGAUACCAACUAUACGUUUGGCUCGAGAAGAGUGUUCAGGCGUUGAAAUCCAUUUGUAAUUACCGGACGUUUUCGAUGCGACACACGGCUGAAGAGCGUCCGGACCCGUCGUCUAUGGUUUUCGGUAAUUCCACAGAGAUUUCCCCUUCCGAUCGGCUGACACCGCGAGGUUCGCACUCAGAGGCGAGCGGUAUAACGGAGACAAAGCCAUCGCUUCAUGAGAUACUUUUGGCCGAUAAAAUGGAUUUCGAGGCUAAACUCGACCGCUCUUCGCGCCGUAAACUAUGGCUCACUUCUAACGAAGCACUGAUGAGAACUCUAUUGAGUUAUUGUAGUUUACACGGCGCUCAUGGAGGAGGCCUUUCAUCCGUACGGAUGGAACUCAUUCUUCUGCUCCAAGAGCUUCAACAAGAGAGGUCUCAACAACAACUGCUAUCUCCGCUGCCAUUCCCGACAACUCUGCCUCUAUUGGCUGCGAGCGUCGCCUGUCAGAAGACAGUGAUCGCAGACCCCAUAAGGCAUUUGCAAUCCGUAACACACGAUAUACUGAAUACCGUAUUAGACAUGUCGUCUCCUCCGCUCACUAUUACUCCAAACUAUUCAAUUAUUUAUGUGUUAAGAGAUUUGGGAAUAUCUCUGUCGUCGUGUAUAUAUCAGUCAUUAUGCGAUUCCGAUGCCAUCACUUCCAAGCCUGAUGUUCAGGCGAGAGAAGACUUGAUGUCAUCAGUCGUUUGCCAAAACACACACCUAUUGGCCGGACAUCAAACGGUUCGCCGCAAUAUAUCGACCGCUUCUGAAAGCAACGAAACAUUGACUCCAAUAACGGCACCGAAUAAAUGGCCGGGCGUUCAGUCACUGCGAGCGCUGUUGGCGCGCGACAAAGACGAAGACUCUCCUAAACUACAUUCCCUGCUUUGCGAGUCGUUUGUGGCCGUCUUCUUGAGUCAAUUCAUAUAUUCCUCGGCCGCCUGUGAUUCAUAUGUAUUGUACCGUUUAAUUGGUAUGGAUUUCAAAGAGAGCACUUGGGCUCAACUGUUUGGCGGCGGCGCCAAAAAGCUCAUACAUGUGGCCACCGGACAGCCCUCUCAAACACAGUCUCAAACUCCUCAACAAAACAGCGAGGAUUCCGCUGAGAGUUCUUCUAUGGAUUUAUUCAACACACUAUCGAAGCAACGAAUGAAACUUCAUAUGAAAAUAUUGCAACAAUUGAGUCAAACCGAUAAACCAAUCCCUCCGCCCAACAUGAAAGAGGACAGACCCACAUAUCGGGAACAGUUUAUUCCUCCGCAGACUUCUAUGGUUUCAUAUUUCAUGACUAAACCCACUCUUCCGGACGAAUACAUUCUACUCGAUUACGACUCGAGCGAAUCGGUUCAGACCGACGAUGAAGGCAAUGAAGGCAACGCGGAAGAGGACGACUUUGGCGUCAAUGAUAGCGUAUUUGCCGGCAAUACUGGCGGACAGAGUGUUAUCGACGAGAAGAAGAUGCAGCAGGAGUUGUAUGCGUGGGGUUUAGUAAGAUUCUCAGUGUUGAGACUCGCGAAACAACAAUUACUGCAUUUCCUUUCGGUGGCCGGCAUUGAGAUCUCUGACCUCCCGAUUACGAGUCCACUCAUUCAUUCGGUAUUGAAAACACUCAACAAUUGGGAGAGUUAUAUGAAUGACUAUAUGAACGAAUUCAAUGGUCCGCCGCAACACUUUCUGCCCAACAAUUAUGUGGAGACCAAUCGACAGAACGGACCGGCGAUUCAUAAAUACAAAGCGCUGCUCGAACUAAACAACACACCAUUCCGUGACCACAACACCAUCACUAAAGCGUCUAAAAGACUAUGGAAUUAUCUGAUCCGUCAGGAGAGAGUUCAGGACAUAUUCAUACGGUUUAUAUUCGGUAAACCAAAGUCCGUGCGAACGGUUGUCUCAGAACACGACAGUAUUAACGACGUGACCGACACUCAUAAUCCGGAACCGACGAGAAUCGUACACAAAGAUCACGAAAAUAUCAGCGCCUUCUGUAUUAACCGAACGAAUCCCGGAUUCAUUGCCAUUUCGACGCCUAAAGAGAUACAAGAGAUGGACAUAUCUAUGCUUUUGGAGUCGACGCCAUUCCUCGAGGAUGAGGCCGAAUACGAUAUUCUCAAUCUACAAAAAACUCCAGAAUCUCUGCCUUCUAUUGAUUAUCUCUUAGUCCAACAUCCGGCCGAUCGGCUCCAGUCGUCUCCUGGAGGUCUAGCCAUACAUUCGUCUGCCGUAAACAGUGCUAACGCUUCUGGUGCUCCCAACGCUUCCAAUGCGGCAAAGAAUCCAAUUAUGCUCAAACGGCAUAAGACAGAAGGUGUUCGCAGACUUUGUUCUCAUCCAAUGCUACCCUUAUAUCUGUCGGGAUCUCAAGACGGAUCGGUCACUCUGUGGGAGUGGAAACAUCACCAGUCAAUAGCGUGUCCGCGACCGGCGGGCACUUUCGCCAAAGUGAGUCGAGUGGCGUUCAAUCAACAGGGAAACAAGUUUGGCGUCACCGACGCCGACGGCAACCUUAGCCUCUGGCAGAUCGCCACCACUCAGAACAAGCCCUUCUUCAGCAUGCAGUGUCACUCGAAGACUGCCAGUGACUUCACAUUUCUGGGCUCUUCAAGUCUGGUGAUGACAGCGGGACAGUCGGCCGACCACAAGAACAUAGCCUUAUGGGACACACUAUUGCCACACAAGAAAUGUUUGGUCACAUCGUUCGCAUGCCAUGAACACAGCGGCGCCUCUGCUAUACUCUACGCACCUCUCAAUCAAUUACUGAUAACCGGAGGCAAAAAGGGAGACGUUUUUAUGUUUGAUAUGAGACAAAGGGUUCAAAGAGACAGAUUUCAAGCGCACGAGUCGGCCGUCAAAUGCAUGGCUUUAGAUCCGGGGGAGGAGUUCUUUGUCACCGGUUCUGCUGACGGAGACAUUAAAGUGUGGGGUUUGGGUUCGGUUCGGGUAUUGUUUUACUCGUUUCCGGGCGAACACUCUCGGAGUACACUAUUCCGGAACAUAGGAAUGGGUGUUUCCCACCUAUACGUCGACCAAAACGGACGACUCUUCUCGUGCGGCGCCGACGGAUCCAUGAAAUUCAGACAAUUGCCCGAUCGGGGCAUCAAUAAUAUAAUCAAUACUAUUUGAGUGAUUGGCUAAACUAUAAUCACUACACAAUUAUUAUAACUACUAUUUAUUCAGAAAUCAAGUGUUUAUCGCAAUUCAAGAAUUAAUUGAAUAUUAAAACUUAUUCUCCAAUUUUAUCUCAGAAAAUGAUUGGAAAUAUAAUAAUUAACUAAAGACUAGUCAUAAUAUGUUAUAUUGAUAUAAAUCUAUGUGUGAUAUCAAUCAACCGAUU